AUGGAUCUCAAGACGGUCUUAGUAACAGGCUGCUCGGCCGGUGGCAUCGGCGCCGCCAUCGCCCUCGCCCUAGCCAAGCGCGGUCAUCACGUCUUCGCCACGGCGCGGAUGCCAUCCAAGAUCCCCAGCGAAUUGUCGGACCUCGCCAACGUCACCGUGCUGUCGCUGGACGUCACCUCGCCCUCCUCCAUUGCCGACGCCGUCAAAGCCGUCGCCGACCUGGGCCGCGGGCUGGACGUGCUGCUCAACAAUGCCGGUGCGGGCUACGCCAUGCCCGUGCUCGACGUGGACAUCGACAGGGCUAAGCAGGUCUACGAGACGAAUCUCUGGGGUCCUAUUCGCACCAUCCAGGCUUUUUCCGAUCUGCUCAUCGCCCACCGGGGUCGUGUUGUGAACUUGAGCACCUGUGGAGCUGUCGUCAAUACCCCUUGGAUAGCCGCGUACACCUCCUCCAAGGCGGCGCUCAAUCAAUUCUCCGAGACGUUGCGCCUUGAACUCUCCCCCUUCGGCGUCAGCGUCGUCACAAUCAUGGCCGGCGUCGUCGACAGCCAUUUCCACGCCAACGACUCCAACUUUGUCCUUCCCGAGGGUUCGCGCUACGCCCCGAUCCAGGAGAUCAUUGCCGGUUGGGCCAGCGGCGCCUCCAAGCCCAAGGGAUGUUCGGCCGUCCAGUUUGCCGAUGCCCUCGUCCAAGAGAUCACCGGUACGGGCAAGAAUGGACUGGUCUUUCGGGGUCCGCAUGCUGGCGGCAUCAACUUUUUGUCGCGCUGGGCCCCGCGCUCUGCCACGGAUGCCGCUAUGAGUUAUAACCAGGGACUCGGUGAGCUAUCCAAGACUGUAGCCGGGAACGCGAAGAAGUAA